CUUCUAGUCACCCAGAAGAGUCAAGAUGAUUUCCCACAACCUGCUUUUCUUCAUGACGAUGUUUUUAUGGAUUCAGGACUCCAGUGGAGAUACUGUGAUGACUCAGUCGCCAGCGUCCCUAUCAGUCAGUGCAGGAGAAAGUGUUAGUAUCAGUUGCAAAGCCAGUUCGGGUAUUACUGAUGACAUAGCCUGGUACCAACAGAAAUCUGGAAAAGCUCCUAAACUCCUUAUCUAUGAAGCCUCUUCCCGUGAUACGGGGGUUCCAACCCGGUUCAGUGGCAGUGGAUCUGGCACUGAUUUCACAUUCACGAUCAGCAGAGUUGAAGCUGAUGAUGAUGGAGAUUAUUACUGCCAGCAGUAUAACAGCUGGCCUCUCACACUACUGUCAGGCAAGAUGAUCUCUCACACAGCACUUCUCUGGCUGCUGGUUCUCUGGAUUCAAGACUCCUCUGGGCAAACUGUGAUGACUCAGUCCCCGGAAUCUCUGGCAGUGCCAGUGGGAGGGAGAGUCUCCAUCAACUGCAAAGCCAGUGCAAACAUUGGCAGUUACUUAAACUGGUACCAACAGAAACCUGGACAAGCUCCCAAACUUCUCAUCUACUACGCUAGCAGCCUCCAGUCUGGGGUCCCAGCCCGGUUCAGCGGCAGUGGGUCUGGCACUGAUUUCACAUUGACAAUCAGUAGCGUAGAAGCAGAUGAUGCUGGAGAUUAUUACUGCCAGAAGGGUAAUGAUGUGCCUCUCACAGUGAUACAGACCAAUACAAAAACCUCCCUGCUCUCUGCAGCAUGCAAGGCAGUUACCGAUUGCUGCAGCUAUAUCGAAUCACCCUGCUGCCUGUGA